AUGACGGGGAAAAGAAGCCGUAGUUUUAAAUGCGCUGUCCACCAAAGGGAUCGAGAGGUGUGCAGCGAAAACGAUUUUCACAUAUUGGUUCACGAACCACCAUUGUUCAGAAGAAUGGUGCGGUUAAUAGCCAACGAAUUCCUAACGGAAGAGCGAGACCGGAAAUACUACGCGGAUCAUUACACAUGCUGUCCGCCGCCAUUGUUCAUUUUACUCAUAACACUAAUUGAGUUGGGAUUUUUCACGUAUUAUACGGUCGCGAUGGGCGAAGUCAAUCCUUCCGGUCCCGUUCCUAUAGAUUCAGUAUUCAUAUACAGGCCAGAUAAAAGACUCGAAUUGUGGAGGUUUAUAUUUUACAUGGUUUUACAUGCAGGGUGGCUCCAUUUAUUAUUUAAUUUACUAGUCCAAGUCCUCGUCGGACUCCCACUCGAAAUGGUUCACGGUUCCUUGAGAAUAGGAGCCGUUUACAUGGCGGGAGUUUUGGCGGGUUCUUUAGGCACGUCGGUUUUCGACACGGACGUUUACCUCGUGGGAGCAUCUGGCGGAGUGUACGCUUUGCUCGCCGCUCAUUUGGCAAAUAUUUUACUCAAUUACAGCAACAUGGAAUUCGGCAUAGUUCGACUCAUAGGCAUAUUCGUCGUGGCGUCUGCGGAUGUCGGAUUUGCAAUUUACGACAGGUACGCGGCGGAACAAGUCGGUCCACCGGUUUCCUACGUGGCUCAUUUAACGGGAGCUUUGGCCGGACUAACAAUCGGACUUUUGGUUCUUAAAAAUUUCGAACAAAAGCUUCACGAGCAAUUAAUGUGGUGGGUCGCCCUCGGGGUUUACGCAGCCUGUACGAUAUUCGCCAUCUUAUUUAACGUUUUCAAUCCGGGACCGCCGCCGUUUCCAUGA